AUUCAACGGUGGAUCCCACAAAUUUUAGGGGCAUUCCUCUUCCUUGUGGUUUCCGUCUUCCUUUUAAUUGUUUUGAUGGGGUCACCCACAUCUUGUUCUAAUUGUCACUAUAGGGUUUUAUCUGCAAGUCAUCGUCGUCGUCGGCCUCGUUCGCAGGCUCUCAUUGGUCUCUCGCUUUCCUUUCGUGCUCCGUCUCUUGUUGAACCGUUUGGUGCUCUCUCUCCUCUCUCUUUCUUCCCCUGGUGAUGAUCCAUGGAGUUCGCUCAGGAGCCGCCGUGUAAGAAGCAGAGACGUGAGCUAGGCGAUGAGGCCGAGGCCGAGGCCACCGGCAUGGAGGGCCUGCCGAGGGAUAUCGUCCUGGACAUCCUGUCGCGGCUGCCCGUGACGUCGCUCGUGCGCUUCCGGCUCGUCUGCCGGUCCUGGCGGGCGCUGGGCGGAGACCUGCUCCUUCCCGACGCGCAGAUUGCCCGCACGGCGGUGAGAGAUCCGUUCCUGGUGUUCCACAGCGACUUCCCUCUCAGGAACCAGCUCAGCUUCGUGGAGUUGUCCGCUCAGGACCAGGAUUGCGGGCACGGCAGAUCCAAGAAGAGCGCCCUCCUCAGGAAAUUCAACCUGCCUUUCUCGAAUUCGAUGCCCGAAUUCGACGUGGUCGGUUCCUGCAACGGCUUGCUAUGCCUUGCAGAUUUGCUCUACAGGGAGACGCUGUUCGUGUACAAUCCCUUCACCGGGGACCACAGGGAGCUGCCGCGAUCGCAGCAGUACGCGGACCAGACCGUGGUCUUCGGGUUCGGCUUCCACCCGGGGACCCGGGAGUACAAGGUGAUCAAGAUAGCAUACUACCCGAACCCAUCUCGAGCGGGGGCGGGGGCGGGGGCCCGCCGGCCGCGUCGGGUCCCGCACAUGCAGUCGGAGGUCCAGGUCCUGACGCUCGGGGGGAAGACCCCAGCCUGGCGGAGCCUGGGCCGGGCGCCGUACCAGAUCGACAAGAGGUCGUCGGACACGGUGGUCGACGGGAAGCUGCACUGGGUCGCGGGGCCGCGGAGGUACCGGACGUCCCGGCAGCUGGUGUCCUUCGACCUGGCGGACGAGCAGUUCCGGGAGGUGCCGAGGCCCGAGGGGGUCUCCAUCGGGCGGUCCAACUACCAGCUGAUGGCCCUGAGGGGGUGCCUCGCGGCCGUAAUCUACUGCAACUACGGGAGGCUGGAGAUCUGGGUGAUGAGGACGUACAAUGUGAAGGAGUCGUGGGCGAAGGAGCACGCCAUCGGGUCGUACAUGCCCAAGGCGCUCAAGCAGAGCGCGAGCCCGAUGCCGUUCAAGAGCAGGGGCGGCAGGGCGUCGAGGGUCGUGUGCGGGCUGGACAGCGGGGAGAUACUGCUGGAGUGUAAGAGCCGGGCGCUGGUGGCCUACGACCCCAAAAGGGGUAAGUUCAGGGACAUUUCGUUGCAGGGUGUGCCCAGUUAUUUCCAUGCAUUAGUUCAUGUGGGAAGCCUCAGCUGGAUUGAUUCCCAUCCAGACACAUGACCAUUUCUUUAUAAUUUUUUUUUAAAGAAAAAACCUAGAAAAAAAGAGAAAGAAAGGAGAAGAACAGGAAGAAAGAUGCUUCAUUUGUAUUGUAAGUUUAAGUUCACAUUUUUAUUAUUUGAGAUUAUCAUUAGGGUCCAUGUUC